AUGAGCGCGGCGCCGGGCGCACAGCUCUUCGCCGGAGCGGCGGCGGAGGCACCGGAGCGCGCCAGCAUGGCCGAGCUGAAGUCGCUGGGCGGCGGCGGCGGCGGCGACUCGUUCCUGGCGCUGGCGCAGAGCUACAGCCAGACGGCGUUCGCCUUCGGGGCGGGCCAGGCGCCGCGCGCGUACCCCGGCGGGGCGGGCGGGCUGGAGCUGGGCGCCCCUCCGCUGGGCAAGGCGGCCGAGAGCAGCGGCGAGCAGAGCGGCGACGAGGAGGACGAGGCCGCCUUCGAGGGCGCCCGCACGGGCGGGGCGGGCGCGGGCCGCGAGAGCAAGCUGAAGGCCAGCGGGCCGCUGGGCGCCAAGAAGCCCAAGGAGCAGCGCUCGCUGCGGCUCAGCAUCAACGCCCGCGAGCGGCGCCGCAUGCACGACCUCAACGACGCGCUCGACGGCCUGCGCUCCGUCAUCCCCUACGCGCACAGCCCGUCGGUGCGCAAGCUCUCCAAGAUCGCCACGCUGCUGCUGGCCAAGAACUACAUCCUCAUGCAGGCCCAGGCCCUCGAGGAGAUGCGGCGCCUGGUGGCCUACCUCAACCAGGGCCAGGCGCUCGGCGCCCCCCUCCCGGCCGGCCUGGCGCCCUUCGGGCAGGCCGCCGCCGGCGUCUACCCUUUCGCCGGCGCCGCGCUCCCCGCCUGCCCCGACAAAUGCACUGCCUUCCCCAGCGCUGCCGCCGCCGGCCUUUGCAAACACUGUAACGAAAAGCCGUGA